GGAAAAUCCAAGGGGGACUUUUUAUCCAAUACAGCUCAUAGCCUCAUUCUAUGUAUAAUACUCCGCUUGUGUUGGGAUGUAAAGCACAAGCAGUUCGGAAACAACACAAGUCCCUGUUUAAAAUAUUAGCAAUAUGGCGGACAGGCAUCCCAAGCGUCAAAAUGCGGGCAAGGGAAAGGGAAACCAGGGACGGGGGAGAGGUACUGGUAGGAGUUCUGGAGAUCCGAGACGGAGGCAGCCAAGACAACCAGACCUGACAGAAAGAGGGGGAAAUUCAAAGAAAGAGCUACAUCAAAAGAAUGAAAGGUUACUUACAAAACCAGGUCCAAUAUUUAAUUUAACAGUCCACCAGCCGUUUAAAGAGGAAAAUGAGUUUAUGGCUUACUUGCGACAAAGAGAACUACCACCGGAUCUGGACUUUGAGAUUGACUCUUUUAAACCAUCAGGAUUUAGUACGUUAAUUUCCAUUCAUUUUCCAAGCAAUACUGCGUACAAAGACUUUAUUACCUGGAUUCGUGAAACCAGAAAAGUUGGAUUUCUCACACAUAUUGAAAGAGUGGAAAUCGCCAGAGCAAGUAAAGAAUUUAUUGAAAAAAAUCUUCAGAUCAUUGAAGAAAAAAGUAAUCAUAUCGUAGCUCUUCAUCAAGAAAAAGUUCUGAAAACCAAAGAAGAACUAUCCACUUUUUGUGGCACUGAACAAAAUAAGAAAAAGACAAAAUAUAUCCCUUUCCAAGAAUAUGAACGCAAAGAAAUGCAUAAAAAUAAAUUGGAAGAAAAGAUUUCUGAAUUGGAAGCGCAGCAAAGGGAAUUUGAAAAGUCGGUUGCAAAAAUCAAAAAGGAAUUUGAAAAGCUCGAGGAUCGCAUGGUUAAACAAAAGGAAAUCGACCAGUUACUUUUGGAAUAUGAUAUAGAGUAUUCCCGACUUGAGCAAGCAUUGCCAAUAUAUGCACGUCGCACAGAUAUCGUCGAAACUGUCUUAGAAAACCAAGUAUGUGUUCUUCUUGGCGAGACAGGGUCGGGAAAAAGUACACAAUUGACCCAGUAUCUUUUACAGUCCAAAUUAGCCAAAGAGGGCCGGAUUGUUUGCACACAACCAAGGAAAGUCGCAGCUGCAAGUCUUGCUCAACGUGUUGCCAGUGAGAUGAAGUCAACAGUUGCUGACGUCAUUGGUUAUCAAUGUGGAAUUCAAACAAAAGUUUCAGCUGAUACAAAGGUUGUGUAUAUGACUGACCAUACACUCCUCAACGAAUGUUUGAAAGACCAGUUAAUGAAAGAGUACUCUUGCAUCAUAAUCGACGAGGCACACGAGCGAAGCAUAUAUACAGACAUUUUGCUUGGAAUGAUAAAGAAAUGCUUGCACCAAAGACCGAAAUUGCGUGUCAUUGUGACCUCUGCAACAAUCAAUCCUGACGUCUUUGUACAAUAUUUCAACGGUUGUCCGGUAAUCAGGGUUUCAGGUAGAAUGUAUCCUGUCGAUAUUAUUUGGAAUUCAUAUUCUGAAGAAGAUUUGGAAGAUUUUGAAAGAAAAGCAGUUGAGAAAACAUUGGAGAUUCAUGAUAAGGAACCACCUGGUGACAUUCUUCUUUUUUUAACAGGGCAGUUGGAAAUCGAGCGAUGCAUCGAGACACUGCAGUGGGAACUGAAAGAUAGAUCGGAUCAUUGCAUUUUACCAUUACAUGGAAAACUCCAAACAGAAGAACAGAACAAGAUUUUUAAAGAAACACCUCAAGGGAAAAGAAAAAUUGUUAUUUCAACCAAUGUGGCAGAGACUUCUGUCACAAUUCCUGGAGUAAAGUACGUUGUUGACACGGGACUUGCCAAGGAAAUGCGUUAUGAUCCUGAUAAAAAAGUAAAUUCAUUAAAAGUGGUUAAAAUAACCAAAAGCUCUGCUGAUCAAAGAAAAGGAAGAGCUGGAAGAACUUCCCCAGGCAAAUGUUUUCGGUUUUACUCCAUAGAAGAUUACAACAAUAUGACUGCAGCGUCAGUUCCUGAAAUUCUUAGAAUUCACAUAGGCCACGCCAUUCUUAAAUUAUUACAACUUGACGUAAAUCCCAUUGCCUUUGAUUUCGUAGAACCACCUCCAAACAAUUCUAUGGAAACAGCUUAUCAGCAAUUGGUAAUGUUAGGGGCAGUCAAGGAAGGGAAAAUUACUAAUCUUGGAAAAUGGAUUGCAAAGCUUCCUUUGGAUCCGAACUUGGGAGUCCUUGUUUAUAAUGCUAUUCAAAAGAAAAUUGGGUUGGAAGCAAUAAUUAUUGCGGCAUCGUGCACAGUGAGUGGAAAUCUUUUCUACAGAGCAGGAACACAGGAACAGAAAGAUACGAGCGAUAAACUCAAAAUACAAUUUUGUCACAGCAAAGGAGAUCAUUUCACGUUUCUUAACGUCUUUAAACGUUGGCAUUACGUAGAAGAAAAAGAAAAAAGACAGUGGUGCUUAAAUAACUCGAUAAACGGAAGGGCUAUUCGAAACAUUCGAGAUACGGUCAACGAAAUCAAAUUUAUUCUUAAUAAAGAAAUGAAAAUACCAAUCAAAUUUGAACUGAAAGAUAUUACUAGUAAUGAGGAAACGUUACAAAAACUUUUAUUCAAAGCUUUUCAAGCAAAUCUCUGUUACUUUCUCGGACACGAAAAAGCUGGUUACCAUUUUAUUGACAAAAAUCAACAAAUGAUUAUUCAUCCGUCGGCAUCUUUUCAAUCUCUUGCAUUGUAUCCAAAAUGGGUAAUUAUAGAGAAAGUUUUGAACACUUCACGAGAAUAUGCUGUAAAUAUAACGGAAGUGAAUGAAAAAGAUGUCGAUGAAGCUUUAGAGAAAGGAGAACUAGAAUUUGAUAUCACCGAUAUUAAGAGGAAACGUCUACAACAAAUUCAUAAAGAAUAUGUGGGACAACAACUCCAAAGACAAUUUGUUGGUCCAAGAUGGAAGCAUGCAAAAGACGUUGAGAAGAAAUUGAAGACUGAAAACAAAGAUUCAGUAUUUGUCAUUGACGCUGAUAGAGACAAAGGGGAAGUUGCGAUAUAUGCACCAGAAGAUAAAGUUAACGCCUCAAAGGAGGCACUGAAAAAUUCACUGGAUCCCAUAAGGGAGAAAAUACGAAACGAAACGAAAAACAUCCCCAUUUUCCCAAGAUGUUAUAAUGUUAAAGUAUUAAUAGGACCAGGUGGGGAAAUAAAAGACUUAUUGUCAGAAAAUGAUUUUAAUUCCGUUUUUGUUUAUUGCUCGGACAAUGAAUUCGAUUGUGAUGAAGAAAUGUUAGAUUGGCUGAAUCAGUUUGGUGAGAUUGACGAGUUUGUAAAAAAGUCCCCUGCUAAUAAAAAUAAGAGGUAUAGAGGAGAAGUUAUUUUUAAAAGUAGUAGUUCUGCGAAAAAGGCAGUUGCAGCUACGCGCGAAAAAACAUCAAAACUUCAAGCAAAGCCACCUUUUUGGAAAAUCGAUGACUCGGGCUUAUUUAAAGCCAAACUUCAGUGGUGUCGGAGAAAACCGCAACCGUACGGGUUUGUUCAGAUUAAAAACGAAGACACAUUGAACACAAUUUUGACACUUUGUUCCAUGGUUAAAGUGUCAGUGGGUGGAACGCAAGUUAGGAUCAGUCAAAGUAGGGAAAAGAUCGACGAAUUAUAUGUUCAAGGCAUCAAUGAUCUAGUCAACGAAGAUAUUUUGCGAGAGGGAAUACUUGAAGCUUUUAAUAUAUCAGAUGAAGACGUCGGAAGAACUUUUAUACCGCGGAAAAGAAUAUUUACAACUCCAGACAUCCUGGAUAUUCACAGAAGACGUUUAGAACAACAAAUUGGUCAAUAUGUGGAUAAAGAGAAGUUCCGAAUUUUUCUCCGCGACCCUGGUCCUCGUGACUUUGAUUUUACUGGGUAUGUCACCUUCAACGACCCAGAGGAAGGUAACGAAACCUGCACAAAACUUCACAAUAAAAUUACCGUAGGUGAUAACGUUGUCUCUGUAAUUCCGGAGGUCCAUUCACGUUUGUACGUUUUGGAGCGUGUGUUUAAACGUGUUGAAAAGGAAAUCAAAGAUUUUUGCGGUAAAACAAGAAAAGAAGAUAGAGUGACAAUUGAUAUAAAACAAAAUUCGACUGGAAAUUAUAUUCUAGGGAUAGAUGCAGACAAUGUUGACAAGAUGAUAAAAACAAGAUAUGAUAUUCAAAGUCUCCUUCAAGGUCAAACUUUAGAUAUGGAGGCUAUUCCAUCGCUGAGACGCAUGUUUUCAUGGGAAGGUAGAAGUAAAAUUGAUAAAAUCAUGGGAAAGACCCACACCCUGAUAAUUCUAAAUGACAGAAAUACGUCAAUCUCCAUCCAUGGUAAAGAAUCCGAUCGCUCAUUGGCUAUUGAAAAAAUUGAAAAGCACAUCAAUAAGCUGGUUUCCUCAAGGUCACGGGUAGUUGACCUUAAAGGCGAGCUGCAACCGCCAGGUUUGAUGAAAAGAAUAAUUCAAAUGCAUGGUAUAAAUUUACAAGGAUUGAAGAAUAGUACACAUCUUGUAAGUGUAGAACUUGAUCACAGAAAACAUAGAAUAAAGCUUCUUGGAUCGGAAGAUGCCUUAGAAGUGGCAGUGAAGGACAUUGAAGACAUAACAAAAACUUUAUUGAAAGCGAAUCAAAACAAUAUGCCAUCGAGUGAUCCAGAGUGCGGAGUUUGCCUCAGUGUGGUUAGCGAAAGUAACUUAUAUAGACUAGAAUCAUGUGGACAUCCGUAUUGCAGAGAAUGUGUAAAACUGCAUCUCGAUUCGGUACUGAGUACCAAAGAUUUCCCUCUCCGAUGCUGUCAUAAAGGCUGUGAAAUGCUAUGGACAUGGAGUGAUAUCAACAAUAUGAAAAACUUUGGAUUUUGCACGUUGCAAACCUUGAUAAAUGCAUCCGUUUCUUGUUAUGUAGCAAAGAACCCAGACAAAGCAAAAUAUUGCAUCACACCUGAUUGCCAAAUGGUCUACAAAGUAUGCACGGAAGGAGGAAGUAGGUUUGUUUGCUUACUUUGUCAAGCAGUGAUAUGUAGUAGAUGCCAUGUAGAGUACCAUACAGGUCAAUCUUGUACAGUGUACGAAAGAAAGAAGCAAAUUGACGAGCAUGGGCUUCAAGAAUGGCUGGACCGUGAUCGCCUAAAUCGUGAUCUCUGCCCGAAGUGUUACGUGUUAAUCGAAAAACAUGGUGGCUGUCUGCAUAUGCAUUGCACAAAAUGUAAUAUUCACAUCUGUUGGUUGUGUAAGGCUAUUUUUGAAUCUAGUAAUGAGUGCUAUGCCCAUAUGUUGGAGAAUCAUGGGACUUUUAUGUGAUUUUAGCGUGUUGUUCUAUCGAUUGACACAUCAGAUAGAUUUGCGGGAAAUUGUCAUGAAUGAGAAAAUGUGUUUUCCUUGGAGACACGUUUUAGUAAAGAUUUACACCGAUUUUUAAGGUUUUACUGUGAAUUGUUUUCAUGUAUUUAAAAAAAUGGGUUUUAAAUUUGUUUUGCCAAUACCGUGUCUACUUUUUGAUUUACUUUUUAACCACAUUUUUACACUGAAUUUUAUCCAUAGCAACUGUCAAUUUUAAUUUAUUUUUAUUUGUUAAGUGGAACGUUACGGUAUAUCAUAUUCUGUAUUGUUUAACAGCUCUAUUCUAUAAUGAAGUUUUCAGAUGAUACACCAUGUAUAUUAUGGGUUGAAGUAUGUUUUUUUCGUAGUUAAAUAUAAAUGUUAAUCCUGGUGUUAUCAACUUUUUUUACUCUGUGUUGUUUACUAUUUUAAUUGUUUCCUGUACCUCAUGAAAUAUUUUAUACUUUCUUUAUUCUAGACAGUGUAUUUUUUGACAUUUGUUUUAAAUUACAUCUAUCGAUUAAUGGUUUAUGUAAAUUUAACCUUUUUGUACUUUGUUAUUGCAUUAGAAGUCUUAACUUGUAGCAUGUUGCACUCGAACUUUUCAGGAAAAAACACACUCUAGGUCAAUUUCGAAAGGAUUGACCCAUUAAUUUUUUUUUUUCGUGUCGAUCCUGACAAUAAUAAUUCCACUGAUUUGUAUAUAUUGAUGACCUAUCUAGAUCGCAUACAUUUUUUCCUGCUUCAUCGCGAUAGACCUUUCACUUUUGGUUUAGUGUCUUGAACAUUCUUGGCUAUUUCUAUGAACUUAUUCUGUUCGUUUUUUCAUAAUAUUGAAUAUAUCGUGUACCCAACUGCACUUUUCUUGCUCUGUUGUUCACCAUGAUGUAAUUUUCUUGUGAAUUGAUAAAUAAAACAUUAAAAAAAACUA